AUGGACCUGCCAGUUGAGGUCAAUGGGACAGUGAUGAACAGCUCCAUAGACAAGUGGACAUUUCAUGAGCUCGAUUCGUUCCAUCAGAGGGAAGCAAACAAGCUCAGAGUCCUCGUGCCAGCCAUCCUGGGGGUCAUCUGCGUCUUGGGCGCGGCUUGUAACCUCACAGCCAUGAUCAUCCUGUUUUCAACUGCGCACAGAGGCAAGCUGUCCCUCAUCAACUCCCUCAUCUUCAACCUGAUGUUUGCAGACGGGCUGCUGCUGAUGUUCACCGUGCCCUUCAGGGCCGCGUCGUACUCCAAGGCGAGCUGGAGUCUGGGCUGGGCAGUGUGCAAGACGGCCGACUGGUUCCUGCAGUCCUGCAUGGCAGCGAAGAGCCUCACAGUGGCGUUUAUGGCCAAAGCCUGCUGCCGCUACGUCUCGAACCCCACCAGGCAGGUGAGCAUCCACCUGGGCUCCAUCUUGGUGGUGCUCUUCUUCAUCUGGCUGUCAGCCUGCUUGGCCACCAUUCCUCUGUGGCUCUUUGCUGAUCUGCAGAGAGGCGUUCACGGGCUUGUGUGCGUGAUGAAGGUUUCCCCUGAAGCUCUGGGUUUCAUGUCUGUGUAUGUCAAAGCGUACCCACUGGGGGUCUACUGUGCACCCCUCAGCUUUGCCCUCAUGUAUUUCUGGAAGGCUUAUGGCCACUGCCAGCGGCGCUCCAGCAAGACCCAGAAUCUGCGCACUCAGAUCAGAUCUAGGAGGCUCACCUUGAUGCUUUUCAGCCUCACGGUGGCCAUGGCUGUUCUCUGGCUGCCUCAGUGGGUGCUGUGGGUUUGGGAGCGCCACAUGGCAGAGAAAGUAAGUGAAGGAGCGCAGCCUGCUGUCUCCCCUCCACUCAUUUUCCUGACCCUCUCUGCUCAGCUGCUCACAUUCUCUCUGUCUCUUGUGAACCCACUCAUCAUCCUCUUCCUCUCUGAGGAGUUCAGAGAAAGUUACAGGGGUCUGUGGAGACGUCUCACCUUGCGCAAGCAACCUCCACCUAAGGCAAAGCUCGGACCUCACAACCCUACCUCCCUGCAGUCUCCCUGCCCCAGACGAGAGACCUCAGUGGAGGGGAGACUUCAGCUCAGCUUCAGCCGGGAACCUAGUAGCGAGGUGCAGCCCCGUCCGGAGGAGGACGCAGCAGUGGGGAGAACAGACGUGGACAGGACAAGUCUCAAAGAUGGUCCGGUCUUACCUGACGUGGAGCAGUUCUGGCAGGAGAGGGAGACUGGACUGCACGGAGAGGAAAACGAUCCGGUGCCGUGGGAGAAUCAGACCAAAGAGGAGAAAAAGUAAAUGCAACAUUUAUGGCUGAUCUUUG